CCCUCUCCCAACUAUCUAUCUCUUGGUUGCGUCUACAAAGUCCUUCUGUCCUGCUCAGUCAAAGUUGGCACUGUCACACAGAGAGACGCACACACGGAGCUGCACAGGAGUUCCCCCCACACCACCGUGCGCUCUCGUUUCUCCACGAGAGCGCGUAAAAGAGGGAAAAACCUCUGGAUGGUUCCGUCCCGCGGUGAAAGGUUCGGGCUGGUCCAAACCUCGCGGCACAGCCCGGAAUGAUCGUUUCCAACGCGAGCCUUAUUAGCUGUGAAGAAUGUCCCGGGGACGGAGCGGUGGUGGCGGCGGCGACGGACGCGUACGACAAGGUGUCCGGUCACGGUGGCACUUUCCCUCCUCCAUCGUCCUUGAGCCCGACGGGGCACCUGGUCGUCGCGGUGUGCCUCGGCUUCAUCGGCACCGUCGGGUGCCUCAGUAACUUCUUGGUUCUCGCGCUGUUCUGCCGGUACCGGGCGCUGCGCACGCCCAUAAACCUGCUGCUGGUCAGUAUCUCCGCGAGUGACCUGCUGGUCAGCGUGCUCGGAACCCCGUUCAGCUUCGCAGCCAGUACGCAGGGUCGGUGGCUGAUUGGACGCGCAGGGUGUGUUUGGUACGGAUUUGUUAACGCAUUUCUGGGCAUCGUCUCACUGAUAUCCCUGGCUGUUCUCUCCUACGAGCGUUACAGCACUAUGAUGUCCCCUGUCAUGGCCGACGGCAGGGACUACCGCCCCGUGCUGAGAGGCAUCUGCUUCUCCUGGCUUUACUCUGUGGCCUGGACUAUGCCCCCUCUGCUGGGCUGGAGCAAAUACGGACCCGAGGGCCCCGGCACCACCUGCUCGGUCGACUGGAGGACCCAGACCCCCAACAACAUCUCCUACAUCAUCUGCCUGUUCGUCUUCUGCCUGGUCCUGCCAUUCUGCGUCAUCCUCUACUCCUAUGGCAAAUUGCUGCUUGCCAUCAGACAGGUGCGGAGUUCUAUGGUGGCACGUCACCGGGAGCAACGGGUGCUGGUGAUGGUCGUCACCAUGGUGGUGUGCUACCUGCUCUGCUGGCUGCCUUACGGCAUCGCCGCGCUGCUCUCCACCUUCGGCUCCCAUCACCUCUUGACCCCCGAGGCGAGCAUCACGCCGUCGCUGCUGGCCAAGUUCUCCACCGUCAUCAACCCGUUUAUUUACAUAUUCAUGAACAAACAGUUCUACAGGUGUUUCCGAGCGUUCCUCAGCUGCUCCGUCCCUGAACGAGGCUCCAGUGUUAAAACGUUCUCCCGGGCGACCAGGACGCUCCGCACUGUCCGCCGGGAAAAGGGAAACCACGCGUCGGCCCAGGCUCAGUCCUCUGCCCUGUCUCUGCCAAACUCUGCCCAAAGCGCAGAUCGCACGGCUCCAGCGUACCGAGACUGCGCCACCGCUGCUGCCGCCACCUCCCACUCCCCCGCCGCUCACUGCUCCAGACCUAAACUGAUCCUGGUGGCUCACUACAGGGAAUAAGAGCAGGAGAGUCGACAACAACGGGAGCUGAACGUUUAGAGGAGGAGACAACGAGCCAAGACAGUGAGAGUCUUGGAAUACAAGACGUGGGGGGUUUUUGUCCCGGGAACAUGGCCGGCAAAGAGGGACGCACAGAAGACGCUGGUUUAAUGCUUUUUAAGUGACGUCCUGGAGACACAGCUGAGGGAGAACAUGAAGAUGAAACAUGCUAAACACAUGCUGUACUGUUCACAUUACAGGCUUCUGCCAUUAGAAUGUGCUUGUAUUAUUCAGACUGAAGAACAGCAGGGUUGAAAGCUACAUUCUCAAUUAGAUAGUCUCGCGUAACUCAUCUGACAUCAGGGUCCUCAGAUUUGUUUAUUACUUUAACAUCUAUAGCCCUAUUUGGACGGGAUUAGCUAUACAUGGAAAGGUGGGUAAAGUAAUUAUCGCCACAGCUUCUCUGUGAUUUUAGUUCUGUCCGAAUGUGUCAUGUCAGGACUCAUCACCGGACGCUGUCAGCAAAGAUUACAGCGACUUUAACCUCGCGUAAAAAGGUCCAGAACAAUGACCCCAGAUAAUCCUAAUCUCAUGCAUACUAUGGCGUAUUAGAGCCAAAUUGAAGACAUUUUUUACUUUCUUUGAGAGUGAAGUCGUAAUAUUACGAAAAUAAAGCCGUAAUCUUUCUAAAAUAACUUAAUAUUAUGAGAAUAAAGUCAUGAUCUUUCUAGAAUAAAGUCGUAAUCU